CCCAGAUUCCACGCGAAACACACCCCCCCGUCGUUGCCUCCAUCAUUAUCUUUCUCAUCGUUUUCUGUUUUUUCUUUUUAAUUCCUUUCUCCUUCUGUUCUUCACGAUCAACCGCUUUUCUUCUCCCAUGGAGUCCUUUAAGACCAAGACCGGCCGGUAUAAGAUCAACCACAACGCAAGUUUCAAGGCCAAAUUCUGUCUCUGUUUCAAGCCGGUCUCCUCCGUCGACGAUGAUCUCGAGCCCGCUACGUUCUCCACCAUUUUCUCGUCGGCGCUCAUGGCGGACUGCAGGGAAGGAACCCACGGUUGGCGCCGUUCCUCCAAGAAGAAAGUCGACGAUAACGAUACUUGUUUCUGGCAGAUUCUCAAGAAGGCAUUCAACGACACCGCUUUGAUGAAGAAGAUUAAAACAAGGAAAGCAGCCAGCAAGAGUAAAAUUUCCAGAAGCAGCAACAUGAAAUUUGAAAAGAAUCCAAAACAAGAAUGCAAAAAUAGCCGAUCAUCGUUAGAAUCAAGCAACUCCUCUCUAUUCACACGAUCUUCGUUAUCAUCUUCAGCAAACUCAAGCUCCUCGUCACAGACUUUGGGAUCUUCUUCCUCUUCUUCUCCGACUUCUUCCACGACUACAAUUAGCGUCACCACAGUUAAGCGACGAGAAGAUCCCAAACUCAGAGAUAAGAAAAAAGGAACGACAAAUCCUGAUGAUGAUAACAGGACUAAAGCUCUGUGUUACAUUUUGGUUACUAGUCUGUUAGUUUUGAUUCUGUGGGGUAAGGUUUUUGCUAUCAUAUGUAUAUCCUUUUGGCUGUAUCUCUUGCCUCGCCGGAGCGAGCUAAGUGAGCCGCCGGGACCGGUGAAGAAAGAGGAGGAGGAUUUUGAUACGGUGGAAUAUAAGAAGAAGGUUAUCAUGGAAGGAUUGCUUGACAGGAAUCGGAGCCGUUUGAUCAGCAUGGAUUCUGUUGCCAGGCCUUGUGCUUGAAGCAUUUAGUUUUAAAUGUCUGUUGUAGAUAUUUUUUUUUUUUUUAGGAGCAAUAUUUGUUUUGGAGAUAUAGCACGUCUUUUAGUGCAUGUGGGAUUUGUACAUUUUCCGGGAAAUACUGGACCUAAGUGUGAAAAUCUGUAGUUGAGUUACUGAACAGUGACAAUUGUACAUGCUAUAUAUAUUAGUCAUGUGAGAUUUUUGUUUUCUUGUUAA